AUGAGAAAAAUUAACAUCCUAUUAUUGUCGUUGAUGGUCGAACAUCGCAUGACCAGGAGCAGCGAUUCCUGCAUCAACAACGUCAAGCUCAGCCUGAACUGCACCAAAGAUUACGCGACCAGCACCAAUCAUUCACGGCGCUCCAACCCGUACACGUCGACCAACGCCGCCUCCAAUCCCAAACGCAAACCGCAACAAGACAAACUCUCAAAGUUCUCCAAAAGGGCCAGUCUCGAUAACGUGUCGACGGACCCGUGGGGCGGGCAGGACCACCGAAACUUUUUCGAAGGGCAUUCGAGUUUGCGGAGGAGCAGGAGCUUGGCCAUCUCUAGAGAGGAUCUGUUCGCUCGAUUGGAUCAUCCCGAGGGACAGGGCGGCAGGAGAAGGUCACAGCUGAUUCCGAGAGCUAAGCUCAUAGACAGGACCAUCAGGGACAAUAAAAGGUACAAAGGUCUCAGCGCCGACAACCUCAACAGUCCCGACAAACCAGAUCGCAGUCAAUCCCGACGAAAUUCAGCCCAAACAUUACAAGAUUUCACUUCCUAUCAAGAAACACUGUAUUUCGACAAACGGCAACACCGCAAAAACGAACCCCUAUACUCAUACAUAUCCCUACAGAACAUCCACGAGAACUCUACCCAACACGAUAGUCUAGAUUCCAAUUAUAAUAACAAAUCUUCGAUAGGAAAUAUCUAUAGAGUGUCUUACGAAGAUCUGCCUGAAUUAAGUUUACCGAAUUAUUACCCAGACGCUAGAUACGACACUGAUAAUACCGAUAAUAUAUCUCUCACUGAUAAUAUCUCCUCUCUAUCUCUAGAUAAUUUGAGUAAAGUCAAAUGGGAACGGACUGAGUACGAUAGUAUCCCAUACGACGAAAACAUAGUUUUAAGUACCAAUAAAAGUUUAUACGAAGAAAGUAAACCUAGAACGAUCAGAAAUCCAACACCAUACAACGAAAAUUACGGCAAAAUCAACCCCAACACAAAAACUUGCGAACAUAUCCCAACACCCGACAAAUCUAUCGAAGAAACUGACUCCAAUUUAGACGAAAUAAACCUAAAAAUCGAAAAUAUAUCAAAAACACCUGAAUUAGAAGUCCAAGAGUCACCUGUAGAGGUAAAAGAUCCACCAAAUAACUUAAUAAAAACGCUCUUAGAAGUACCAGGAAGUGAAGUAGACGCAGACCAAUACAAAACAGUCGUAUCAGUAGAAUCACCUGCUGACAUACCUCAAACUUGCAAAGAAAAUAAAACACACAGCCACAAUUACUUAAGAGAGUUCUUAGAAACACAAAAAGGAUCUAAAAAACCUUUACAGAACUUUAUAGCCAAAAAACUAUCGAACCUAUCUAGGAAGAAUUCCAAAAACAACUCAAACUUGGCCGAAAAUCAAUUCCAUUCUCUUCCAGACAUAAGUAUCAGUAAAAAUUUACGAAAGUGCGAAAAAAUCGAUAGGAAAUUGCGUAAAUGCACUAACAAAAACCAACUGAACGAUACGUCCAAAGAAAAUAGAUUCAUAAUAAACAUCGGAAGACACUUCGAUCUGACCACAGACGACAAAGCACCGGUGGAUUUCGAAUUGAAAAUCGCAAAGGUGCCCAAAAAGUUGAAAAAACAAUCAAACAAAGACGCCGAAGAACAAUUCCUGCAAGCCGUGAAAAAACUAAAAGAUUCUUUAAACGAAAACCAAAUUAACAACGAAGAAAGGAACAACAUGGCGAUGAUGUACUGCCAAGAGGAAUGCAACAAAGAAUUCCAAGAGAAAAUCGGCACCAUGAAAAACUACUGGAACAAAGUAAUGAGCAAAGAUUUCGCGGACAACGAACAAGACGAUAAAUGCAGAAUAGUCGACGUCACAACCAAAGUAGACGAGGUCAAAAAGAAAUUUGAACCGACAAUAGAAGAUAAUUCAACACCAAACAAAGUUCAAAUUACCAAACAACUAUUCGAACAAAAAACCAACGAAAAAUCUGGCAAAAUAUCCCCCAACAUCAAAGAAUCCUGCUCGUAUUUCGAAAAUAAGAAACCAGUUUACUACAACAAUGAUAAAUUUCAAAGUUUAUGCCCUAAUGCUGUGGAAAUCGUUGAUGCAAACAACGCAAUCGACACGGUAGACAGCAACGAAAGAUCGCACAAAUCUUUAGCACAAUCUGACAGCGUCAAUACGCAACCAGAUUUUGAUCAUGUGCGAUACAAACUAGUGAAAUCAGAUCUAUUUCAGAAAAAAAUAUUCGCAUCAAACUGCGAACAAGAGUGUCAGUUCGACGAUUUGAUACAGUAUCUCCAAGAUUACAGCUUCCAAGAGCUUUUGGUCGAUAACAACAUCGUAAUAAUAGAACCAAUUAGAUCUAAAGUACCGUACGAACCAUCAGCAUGCGUAAAAUCGAUGAAAAAUAUGUCUGCAACUUUAAGGAACAACCAAAUCAAUAACGGCAACAACAAGUCCAGUUUAAACAGAAGAUUUUUCUACCAUCCCAUACGGGUCAACAAGGAAGUCAACGAAGAUGAGUUACCUAGUCCUGAUACCGUCAGGCAAGUCAGACAGCUAUUUGAAGGUAAAUCUGACAAAGCAACCAGUUGUACCAAAGAAAAUGAUGUUACCAGUAUCGAUCCAGAUAAAGAUAGAUGUUCAGCGACAGAUUCAAAUUCAAAUCCCUCCAACAUAUCAGAUUUUGGCAGCCAAGAGAAUUUAUACGAUUCCAUAGACAACGAAAUUUACUGCGAAUACGUAAGCGAGGACAUCAUGAAGAAAAUUAGAGAAAGAGGUACUACGGUGACAUAUUACGGAGGUAGAGUAGUAAACAGAAAUACCGGGCAAUCAGUAUUGACUAAAAACAUAAUGGAUGAAAUUAAAUUUAACGAAAAAAGAUGCAUGGAAUGUUCGAAUUGCAGAAAAAAAUCAGAAGAAGAUAAAGACACAUACAUGGGUGUUAAAUUCAAGAUUUUAAAAUCGAACAGUUGUUCCAGCAGGUUGGAAUUGGUCGGAACUGAUGUCAAAGAUAGUAAAAAUAAAUUUAUAUCCAAUUAUAAGAACAUUGCGAAGCAAAACAACACGAGGAAUAUUAAUAAUAAGGAUAGCAUCAAUGAGGAAUGUGUUAAAGAAAAGUACAAUGAAAAAAACGAAAUAAACGAAAGUAUCAAGAAGAACAUGGAGAACAGCAGUCAUCCGAAGAUAAUUGGUGAGGAAAUGAAGCUGCCCGAAAGCAGGGUGACACAGUGGAAGGAUAUGAGUGACAGAAGCAAUCAAAAAAUUUACAAUUUCUUCGAGUACGAUAAGAUUAAAGAUAAAUCUAGGAAAAUUGAAGAAAUGGAAUUCGAGCCCUAUGAAGUAGCUUAGAUAUUUUUUAAGUAUUUUUAAUUCAAAUGUACCAAGUGUGUAAACAAAGGUAGGGUGGAACUUGUAACACUUCAUAAAGGAUAUACGAGGUGUGACAAUUAAGUAAUGAGACUGAUUUCAUAAAAUCCUUAUAUUUAAAAAUUAUUCUACAACUCUGCCAUCCCCUUCAAAGUAGUCCCCUUGUGCAGCUAUACAACGAUUCCAACGCGUUUUUCACGCUUCGUAACAUUUCUGGAACGCUUCGACUGGGAUGUCUGCGAGUAUCCUCGUCACGGUCUUUUGGAUGUCCGUAACCGACUCAAAAUGGGUUCGUUUGACCAUCGAUUUUGCUCUAAAGAACAGAAAAAAGUCACAGGGUCACAUAUCAGGCGAAUAAGGCGGCUGUGGAAACAUGGUGAUCCCUUUAGAGGCCAAAUAUUGGCACACGCUGAAGACGGUGUGGCACGGCGUGUUGUCGUGAUGAAGGAUCCAGUUGAUUUCGAUGUCUGGGCGCACCCUGUUGGCUCGUUUUCGCAAUCUUUCAAGUACUUCGCGGUAGUAGAUUUGAUUUACGGUUUGCCCCGUUGGAACAAAUUCUUUAUGAACAAUUCCACGGCUAUCAAACAGGUAAUGAUCAUCGUUUUUACCUUCGACUUGCUCAUGCGAGCUUUUUUCGGACGGGGGGAGUGCGCAGACAACCAUUGUGGCGUUUGGUUUCCGAGUCGUAUUGGAAAAACCAGCUCUCAUCGCCUGUAAUAACUCGAUCAAGCAGCGUGGGAUCGUUUUCUUACUUGCUCCAAAUAGUCUUCCACGACGGUCAUGCGAUGCCACUUUUGCUCCUCAGAAAGGUUCUUCGGAACCAUCUUCGCUCACAACUUUUUCAUCCAUAAAUCAUCGGUUAAAAUUUAUCUGACUGUUUCACGGUUCAUACCCAGUUCAGAGACCAACAUUCGAACUGUUAGAUGCUGAUCUUCACGGAUUAGGGCUUGCACUCGCUGCACAUUCGGGUCAGUCCACACUUCGACUGGUCUCCCGCUCUGCGCCUGGUCUUCAACGCUUUUACGCUCCUCGUUAAACUCUUUAUGCCAUCGAAUCACCUGGGCACGACUGAGAGUACAUAGACGUUUACGAUUUUAGCGUACGUUUCCGAAGCUGUUUCGCCCAAUCUGACGCAAAAUGUUAUCGCGACGCGUUGCUUUAGAUUUAGCUUUUCCACUUUCGUGACGAGCACCACCAACACCCGUCUAAUAAACACGACAUAGCCCAACUAAACAAACUAGAGAGAUGGUAACAAUAUCAGGAGAAAGGGAAAGGAUGUCGGAAAAGGGGAAAGGAAAUUUCAAGGUCGCAGGUUUACCACAAGCGCGGCAAUAAAAUCGGUCUCAUUACUUAAUUGUCAAACCUCGUAUUUUCUAUAUUGCUAUAUUACAGAAAAAUUUUACCCGCUCAUAUAUCCAAAUAAAUCUAUAAAGUUGUACAAAUAAUUCUACCCUCUUCAGAAAAGUUCUCUUGUUUCCAGUACGUAGAUAUUUCCAGUAUUGGAGAUAACUUCAGCUGAUCUAUCAGCUGUCAAGACUUUCUAAAUAUUAUUUAGAUUAACAAAAUAUUAAUCUUCGAGGUAGAAUUUUCCAUUUAAAAAAUCACAUGAGCUCAAAUCAGGCUUGUAUGGAGGACGGAGAACAUGAGAGGUACUUCUAAUGCAGUUCAGUGAUAUGGCAAUGUCAUUGCUGUUUAAACACACCUUGUAUGAUGGAAUAACAGAUAAAAUUAAAGAAAUUAGCUCAAGUUCAAGUAAUUUUAAGCUAGUUCCUAGGUACAAAAAUUUUAAAACCAAAUAAAUGCAAUAAAGUGAAAAAAUUAGUUAAUUUUAUAAAUUAGAUAAAUAUGUAGUUACGUCUCUGUGAGUGUUUGUUUAUGGGUAUAUGUACCAUUUUUUAUGGAACCAAAAACAUAAAUAUUUUUAUUCAUAUCCAUUUACCUUGGUACGAAUACCUAUAAAGAUUUAGUUUUGUCGUAAGUCCCACUAUAUUCGACGCCAAUGAACUUAAAUACAUGUACUUUAUUAUACUUUAUGUGAUGUUAAUAUUUUUAUGAAGCAAUGUAUAGACAGUGUAAAAAUAGGGUAAAGGGUUAUAAAAAUUGU